UCCCUUUCUCCGAAGGAACGGGACCCGCCCUUUUCCCUCUUUGGUAGUUCAGUUCUGAAUGUGACGGAUGGACACUAUAAAGUACACUGGGCGUACCGCGCACCAGUCACUCUUCUCUCACUCCCACCAAAAAUUCCUCCGCUUCCACUGCUUCACACUCUCAGUUUUUCUCUCUCUGUCUCUCUGGCUCUCUGUGUUGAAACUUGGAAGUUAUAACCUCAAUUUGGAUUCUAGACCAAGUCCUGAAUCUUCGUUCAGGUCGUGGCAAGUUGGAUGAGUUUGGGUCUGUGGAAAUGGAUCCUCCACUGGUAAACGAAUCUUCUUUCCCGGCUGCCAACCCUUCCGCCUACAGCUUGGCGGAGAUUUGGCCACUAGUUACGGAUCCCGGUGGUGGGGGACUGGGGCUCCGGAUUGGAAACUUUGGUCAGGCCCCUCUAGCGUUCCGCGAGAGCUCCGCUAAUCGUGACGGUUCGGCCGAGGAAUCUACGGUGACUGAGCAGAGUGGCGGUGGCGGUGGUAAUAGGAAGAAGAGGAAAGAAGUGAGCUCGGAGGGCGAGUCGUCGAAGAUGGUUUCUUGUGGUAGUGACAACAACUUGAAAGAAUUAAAUGGUAAACGGAUGAAACUAGCUGGAUCCCGAGAGGAGAAUGCUUGUUCAAUAGCUAAAGCGCAAGCUAGUUCAGCGGCUGGAAACAAGCGAGCUGAAGAAAGCUCUAAACCUUCUGAGUCACCUAAGCAAGACUAUAUUCAUGUGAGGGCGAGAAGGGGCCAAGCUACUGAUAGCCACAGUCUAGCAGAGAGGGCAAGGAGAGAGAAGAUCAGUGAGAGGAUGAAAAUUCUCCAAGCUUUUGUCCCUGGAUGCAACAAGGUUAUUGGAAAAGCACUUGUCCUUGAUGAGAUUAUUAAUUAUGUCCAGUCGCUGCAACACCAGGUUGAGUUCCUCUCAAUGAAGCUUGAAGCAGUUAAUUCAAGAAUGAAUACGAGCCCCACCAUUGAGGGAUUUGCUCCAAAAGACCUUGGUGCACAUCCAUUUGAUGCUUCUGGAAUUAUAUUUGGAUCACAAGCAACAAGGGAAUAUGCUCAAACCUCACAGCCUAAAUGGUUGCACAUGCAAGUUGGUGGUCGUUUCGAAAGAGCAAUUUAGUAUCGUGGGCAUAAGCGGAUCAGGAGCAGGAUUAUUGGUACUUCAGUUCGUCAUCCAUAAUCAAUGGCCAGCUUUGCGAAGGUUUCUCAUCAUCUGGUGUUGAAAUGAGUUUCCUGUCUGUCUGAACUAAGAUGAUAUCAUUAUGUAGAAAAUGGAUUGAUCUUCUCAUGUAUCAUUAACUAGAUAAACUUUAACUUUAUACAAUUACCUUAGUAUGCAGAAAAAAUCUCCUAGGUUAACAUUAGUUGUUAAGACAUGUAAGCGAAGAACUGUACUUUGUGGAAUUAUAAAUUCUUAUUCAUUGUUACAGUAUGUCACUAAUUGAUAGAAUUGGUGUUGAA